AAAGCCCGCUCGUUGCAGCCUGUUGAUCGCAGUUUCUCGUCACUCCAGAAGGGGCCCGCCCGGCUCUCCGGCUUUCAUUUUCUGCUCAGCACUUCUACAGUAAGAAGCCAUUUUUAAGUCUGAGCAGCGCUAGUUGUGGUUUGGUGAAGUGUGUUUACUGCUCUCGCUGACGGUUCGAGGGUGAAGGCUGCAGACAUGGCAGACACAGACCCCAGCCCCGCGGCCAGCGUCCUGGAGAAGUUAAAGAGCUACGUGCGGACUCGGAAAGGCUCUAUUCUGGCUGUGGAAAUAGUCCUGAGCUUUAUCAUCAUUAUCUGCUUUGCAGCGUCGGCGUAUGGAGGUUAUUCAGCUCUGGCUAUCUGCGAGAUGAUCUUUGCCAUCAUCUUCUUUGUCAUCUUCAUGAUGGACUUUGACAAACAGAUCCAGUUCAUCAACUGGACCUGGACUGACUUGUUCCGUGCUGGGAUUGGUGCAGUGUUGUACAUUGCCACCUCUCUGUUCUGUGUGAUUGGUGGGUCAGGUGAUGGAGCGCGCAUUGCAGGCGGGGUGUUUGGCCUAAUCGCUGGUAUUUUGUUUGGUUAUGAUGCCUACACAGUUUUCCAAGAUAUCAAGAACACUAGAGGGCGUGCAGCUGCUUCCACAGAUGAGAGAGUUUGAACACUAUUUCAGCAACUCCCAUGGAAACACUCAGAAAAAGGAAGAUUAAAAAUGGCAGGUGAAGAAUUUCAGGGGUCUGAUGGUAUGAUGAGUUGAAUGUUGUGGAGUUGAGGAUGCUUUGAAAUUCUAAAUAAUGUAGGUGUCCACUUAUUUAUAAGACUGAAUUCUGUACUGAUUACUGCAUAGUGGAAAAGGCUGGAGAAGCCGUUGACUGGCAUUUUGGUUGAACCAAGGUCUACCUGCAUAAAAUUCAGAUGAUAAAGUAAUAUUAUUUCACUGGUGGUAUAAAUGUGUCUGUUGAUAUCAGGUGGAGAUUAUUUUAAAUUAAGGACAGAAGUAAUGAGAAAGGCAACAGUGAUUUUACCAGUGGAUCCAAGCUGAGUGGACCCGUUUUAUCAUCACAUGAACACGUGUGUGAUGAGUAAUUGAGGGACUAUUACAGAAGAAAGGGAGAUGAAAGCCUUGCUUCAGUUUAAGUUAAAGGUGCUAUUUUUGAGUCUAACUAAGGCAAACAUCAUAGAUUUACAUUUGCAAACAAAUUUGAUUUUUAAAAAGUAACUAAUAUUUGAUAACUUUGUUUAUUAUUCUUAACAGAAAUGAAGCAAUAGUAUACUUUAAAAGUAGAAGUCUUUUUAUGUAAUAACUUGAUCAUAUGUUGCCAUAUUAAACUCUUACCUCAAAGGCUACUCCGCUAUGUGUAAAUUGUGGCAUUUUGGUCAAAUUUAAGUGCCAUGGAAGUAGAAUAGUGGAUUUAGGGUUUACCCAAAACCUGCUAAAUCCAGCCCAAUCAGUUUGUCACACACAGUCAAAGACAGUACAGCUGUCAAGUAACAUGAAAAAUGUGGGUAAAAUAUAUGAUUAUAAAGAUAAAAAAUAAGUAGUAGACAUAAACGUAUAGAAAUUACAAAUCAGUAGAAACUGAAAUAUUAGAGUUAAUUUGUGCAACGUAGGAGAUUGGGAAAGAGAUAUGUACAUCUUUUGUCCAAACUGAUCCAGUGAAUAAAAAAUACAUAUUUUGCAUUUUUCUUUUUCAUAAUUUCCAGUGAUAUGGACGUAAACUGAUCCUACAGGAGGUAGUAAAUACUUAAAAGAUAAAAUCAUGCCUCACUGUAUUGGAAGAAGAAUGCUCUUUUUUCCCUCUGUGCUGUAACAGUUGUGUUGUGAUUGGGUUAUGCUGUUGUUUGUGCACUGUUUGCAUUGUUUUUUCUUUGUCUUGGAACUUCAAGUUUGAAUUUCGUUGUUUUCUACGUGCAACAAUUGUUAAUUAUGAUUAGUUGUACCUAAACUAAGGACCUGACAUGUGCCUUGCUUCUUUUUUGACUGUUUUCUAUUCAAGAGUGCAGUAAUUAAAAUUUCUUAUAGCUUUCCACACAGUCUACUAGAUUUUAGAGCAAUUUUAAAGAAUUUUACUAAUAGUUUCCCUUACUGUAAAAUGUUGCCUUAAGCUAUGCCGUAUACAGCUCUGGAAAGUCCACUUCUAAAUAAUCCGUUUCUCUGAUUUAACUAUUUAUAGGUAUAGGUUUGAAUAAAAUGAGCAUUGUGAUUUUAUUCUAUAAACUACUGUCUACAUUUCUCCCAAAUUCCAAAUCAAAUUUUGUAAUUUAGAGCAUUUAUUUGCAGAAAAUGAGCAGUUGUCAAAUUAACGAAAAAGAGGCAGUGCUUUCAAACCUCAACUAAUGCAAAGAAAACAAGUUCAUAUUCAAUUAGAAACAACAAUGAUACUAAAGUUUUAUCAAUGGAAGAGUUCAAUAAUUGUUAGAAUAACCCAGACUUUUAAUUACAGCUUUCAUGUGUCUCAGCUUGCUCUCCACCAGUCUUUCACACUGCUUUUGGGUGACCUUAUGCCACACCUGGCUCAAAAAUUCAUGCAGGUUAGCUUUGUUUGAUGGCUUGUGACCAUCUAGCUUACUCUUGAUUACAUUCCUGAGUUUUUCAAUGGGGUUCAGGUCUGGAGAUUGGGCUGGCCACGACAGGGUCUUGAUCGGGUGGUCCUUCAUCCACACCUUGUGCACCUCUGCAGGUCUCCAUCUAGACAUUUCAUGGCCAGGUGUUGAGCAAAGCUGAAAAUGAUCUUGCUCCAGUCCUCUAUAGUCAAAUUCCUAUGAUCUUUUGCAAACUUCAGCCAGGCUCUUCUUUGCUUCUUAUUGAAGAUGAUCCUUUUUGUAGGUUGAGCCCUGCCUCUAAGAGAUUGUUUUGAACUGUUCUUUCCAUGCACUUCACCCCAGCUGCCAUUUGCCAUUCUUUUUAUAGGUCACUUGUUAUCAUUCUGCCAUUGCUCACUGACAUUCAAAUAAGUUGAGGGUCAAUUUCCAGACCUGAACUCCAUUGAAAAACCUCUGAAUGUAAUCAUGUGAAGCUGAACUGCUUGAAUGUUUGUGCCAGGAGUGGAAUAAGGUCACCCAAAAGCAGUGUGAAAGAUUUGUGUGAAGCAUGCCAAGAUGCAUGAAAGCUUUGAUUAAAAAUCAGGGUAAUUCCAUCAAAUAUUGAUUUAUGAACUCUUAGAACAUUAGCAUUGUUUUCUUUGCAUUAUUUAAGGUUUGAAAGCACUGUACACUUUUCAGUAUUUUGGCCAUUUCUCAUUUUCUAAAAACAAUGCUUUAUAUGACAAUAUUUGUAUUUGUGACUUGGGAGAAAUGUUGUCAGUGGUUUAUAUAUAUAUAUUAAAAUCAGAGAAACUGAUCAUUUUGAAGUGGCCUCUAAUUUUUUUCUAGAGCUGUAUAUUUCUUUUCUGUCAACAAUUACAAUCUCAGGUUUUUUGGUUUUAUUUUAGCCAAGUCAAAGUGUUUCUCCUGCAUCUUUAUGCUCAUCCUUGCAACAUAAUACAGACAAAAGUAGUUCUGCAGUAUUUUUUUUUUUAAUGUUAAAUAUGUUCUCUAAAAUGUUACCAUUCUUUUUUUAUGACACAUUGCUCAAUAAACAUCUGUUGUAACCAUGUCGAAAUGUGUGGGUGCAAACAAUAAAAUCAUAAGAUUUUGAA